UUCCAGCCUCACUAGCGCCUGCUCCCACGCCGUCGUGCGCCCUGCAGCCCAUCCCCCAUUGCCUCGGCGAUUAUUCCAUUCCCGCUGUCCCCUCACCCCAGGAUGCCGCCGCCCUUGUGCUUUGCCGGUGCCGGUUUCUCUGACUACGUCUUCCCGAUCCAAUCCAACUUGCAGGAGCCCUUGGAUUCCUCGGGCGGGCAUCGCGUGCUUUCUUGGACCCGGAGCCUGGCGAGAUUUGCUGAAUACUUCGCCGAUCUAGAGAGAGGUUACUUGGGUUUCUUGGCUACAGAGCAAGGGGACACCAACGCCUAGAUGGAUCUCUGAAGCUGAUGGGCCAUUGGUGAUUCUUGGUUCUGAUUUGGUGGUGGCUGGUGAGGAGAAAGUGGAGGAGAAGGGGAAGGGUGGAAUCUCAAACAUAGAGAGGUGAUUCAGGUUACUCUUGGUGUGUCAAGAUGAAGUACAUGAAGCUUGGAUCGAAGCCGGAUGUCUUUCAGACAGAUGGGAACAGCAUCAGGUUUGUUACAACUGAGCUGGCAACGGAUAUUGUUAUCACUGUUGGGGAUGUCAAGUUCUAUCUUCACAAGUUCCCUCUUUUGUCGAAGAGUUCCCGCUUACAAACAUUGGUAGCCUCAACAAAUGAGGAAAGCAAUGAUGAAGUAGAUAUCUCUGAUAUCCCCGGUGGACCUGCGGCAUUUGAAAUUUGCGCCAAGUUCUGCUACGGAAUGAUUGUCACGCUGAACGCCUACAAUGUCCUCGCAGCGCGUUGUGCAGCUGAGUAUCUUGAGAUGUUCGAGACGAUUGACAAGGGAAACCUCAUCUACAAGAUUGAUGUGUUCUUGUCCGCAAGCAUAUUCCGGACCUGGAAGGACUCGAUCAUUGUGCUGCAGUCGACAAAGUCACUUCAGCAAUGGACUGAGAACCUGAAGGUGAUCAACCAUUGUGUCGAUUCCAUCGCCUCCAAGGCUUCCAUGGAUCCAUCAGAGGUUGAUUGGUCAUACACCUACAACAGGAAGAAGCUUCCAUCAGAGAGCGGUCUCGAUUCGCACUGGAACGGUGUUAGGAAGCAGCAGACAGUGCCUAGAGACUGGUGGGUGGAGGACCUCUGUGACCUUGAGGUGUGCUUGUACAAGAAAGUCAUCUUGGCCAUCAAGGCCAAGGGGAGGACAAGCAGCGAUGUGAUCGGUGAAGCUCUGAGAGCUUACGCGUGCCGGCGGCUGUUCAGUUCCCUUGACAAUGCCGUCAACAAUGGGCUUGACUGCACAAAGCAUUGUGCAGCUCUUGAAACCACCAUCUCCCUGUUGCCAGCUGAGAAAGGUUCAGUCUCUUGUGGUCUCCUCCUGAAGCUGCUGAGAGCUUCAUGCCUGCUGGGGUCCGGUGAGAAUUACCGCGAAGACUUGAUCAAGAGAAUUGGCACGCAGCUGGACAGAGCUUCGGUCUCAGACCUUUUGCUACCUGCAGACUCAAGUGAUGAUGCAAUGUACAAUGUUGACAUGGUCACAUCAAUACUGGAGGAGUUCAUGCUGCAUCACAAAGAUGGGAGUGAGCCAAAGUUGCAGGAAGAUGAUGACACCAUGGAUGUAGCUGACAACCUGAUCAAUUCUAUCUCCAUCUCUUCAAAGCUGGGCGCUGUCACAAAGCUGAUCGAUGCAUAUCUCUCUGAGAUCGCCAAGGACCCCGGCCUUCCUCUGGAGAAGUUCAUUGCGCUCGCUGAAUCAUUGCCUCCUGCAUCUCGACCGGUGCACGACGCGCUCUACCGUGCCAUUGAUGUUUACCUCAAGGAGCAUCCAACGCUGUCGAAGAGCGAGAAGAAGCAGAUAUGCGCGCUGAUGGACUGCCGGAAGCUGUCCGCCGAUGCGAGCGCGCACGCCGUGCAGAACGAGCGCCUCCCCCUGCGCGUGGUGGUGCAGGUCCUCUUCUUCGAGCAGGUCCGGCAGUCGUCGGCCUCUGCCGCUGUUCCGUCCGCCGCGCACUCGUUCCUCCUGCCCAGGGAGGACGGCACCUCGUGCGGCAGCUCAAGAUCCGCGACCACAACGGCGACCGAGGACGAGCAGUGGGCCGGCGUCGUGGGCGCGCCGGCGUCCACGUCUGGCGGUGACGCCAGCUCUCUCCGGUCAGUGAGCCUGGCGGCCAGCAAGAGAGGUGACGGCGCCGGCGGCAAGAAGAAAGCGAAGGGCGGCGCGGUUGUGCCGGCGCCGGCAAAGAGGGUGCUGGGGAAGCUGUGGUCCGGCAAGGCCAGCAACGGGGAGAACAGCGGGUCGGACGACACGUCGGAGAGCCCCGCCGGAUCCCUCAACCAGGAGGAGACCAAGUCAACGCCGUCACGGAUCACGAGGCACUCCGUGUCGUAGUGGCUGUAUAUUUUUUUUUUCUGGAGUGAUGGUUUUGAUACAUAAAACAUUUGGAUUGGAUUUGCUGACUGAAAUACUUUAGUGUAAUAUAUUGUCCAUUAUAAUCGCAGAAAAGGUGUAAUAUUGGGACUUAGAGAUAUACCUUGUGUAAGAUUUCGUAGCAGUACGAAAGGUUGGAAUA